UCCCCACGACAAGAAGAAAGGCUCUCUUCCUUUAUUCUCUCCCUCACUCAGCUUUGAACUAGAAGAAGAAGACUCAACCAUGGCUUUGGAGUUUAGAGCACUGCCACUAACGUUUUUAGCACACGCGCUUGCAAUUGCGGGUGCUGUUAUGGUCUUGGUAUGGGUUUUAUACUAUAGAGGUGGCAUGGCAUGGGAAGCUGCCAACAAGAAUCUCAUCUUCAAUCUUCAUCCUUUUCUGAUGCUAUUUGGCUUAAUUAUCAUAGGAGGUGAAGCCAUCAUGAGUUACAAAUCUCUUCCUUUGAAGAAAGAAGUGAAGAAAUUGAUCCAUCUUGUUCUCCAUGCAAUUGCAAUAAUUCUUGGUUGUGUUGGCAUUGCGGCUGCAUUCAAGAAUCAUAACGAGAGCAACAUUGCCAACCUCUAUAGCUUGCAUUCAUGGCUUGGCAUAACCAUCAUUUCCCUUUAUGGUAUUCAGUGGAUUUAUGGGUUCCUUGUAUUCUUUUACCCUAAAGGGUCACCAACACUAAGGAGUGAGUGCCUCCCUUGGCAUGUGCUAUUUGGCAUCUUUGUGUAUAUUCUGGCUGUUGGCAAUGCUGCCUUAGGGUUCUUGGAGAAGCUUACAUUCCUUGAAAGCUCUGGAAUUGCUAAGUAUGGUUCUGAGGCCUUGCUUGUCAACUUCACUGCUGUGGUUACAGUAUUAUAUGGUGCCUUCGUUAUAUUAUCAGUUCUUGGCCAGGCUCCUGUAGAAGAUGACGACAGCUAUUCUGCCAUAUAAGGCCUAUAUGUUUAUAUAUAUUUUAUCAGCAAUCAAGUGAACAUAUUUUCCAUUGGCUGAAUUUUUAUGAAAGCUAGUGUAUCUAUUAUUUGUGUUUCUACAUGUAGACUUAUGAUCAUCCUUGAAUAAUAUUGGAGCUUCUGCCUUGCUGUACA